GUUGCCGUAAAGCGGGCGAAGAAGCCGGGAGGGUCUGUCGUGAAGCGGCGGUGACAGCGGGCGAGGAGUUUGUCAUUGGAAGCAGCCAUGGCGGCGGCGUUGGCUCGGAAGGCGGCGGACUAUGUGCGCAGCAAGGACUUCAGGGACUAUCUCAUGAGUACGCACUUCUGGGGGCCAGUAGCUAACUGGGGAUUGCCUAUUGCUGCUAUCAAUGAUAUGAAGAAAUCACCAGAGAUCAUCAGUGGCCGAAUGACAUUUGCACUUUGCUGCUACUCAUUGACCUUCAUGAGGUUUGCAUAUAAGGUGCAGCCCAGGAACUGGUUGCUGUUUGCCUGUCACUUUACUAAUGAGAUCGCACAACUUAUUCAAGGAGGACGAUUGAUUAAAUACAACAUGGGAAAAAAGAACUGACCAUUUAACAAGGGAAAAUGGAAAAGGUGCUCCUCUUCUAAUUACAACCAAGGAAGGUCUUUGCCAUCCACAGUUGCUGUGUCUGAUUUUACAUCACAUCUCAUGAAAAUAUUCAUGCCAAUAUUCAAUGUUCUCUAUCUAUUAUGUUUUGUAACUUAGCUUUUAAAAAGUGCUGCACAGCAGUUCAAAACAUUAUAUGAGUUUGCUGCCUUACAAGUACUGCAUUUUAAUAUUUAUGAAAUGUUUCAAGUUAUAUACACACAACUUAUUCUGAAUGAGAAAAACUGCUUAGUUUUAACAGUGGAUAUUUGGCAGUUAUACGCACAAAUGUACUUGAGAAUUCUGGUUCUGCCUCCUUAAAUGCAUUGGAAUUGCUGUAAAAUAAUAUUUGCAUUUAGGGAUGACCAUUUCUGAAUGGUUUUUUCUAAUUAAAUUGUACAUCAGUCCUUCACAUCAGCACUUUUGUGCUGACUGAAAGCGGGUACGUACUAACUGUUCUCAAACUGGUGAUUUGUAUGUUUGCUUACCUACACGUUCAAGUCUUUAACUCUUGCUAAACGUUCACUUCCCCCCACCCCCAUGAAAUAAAGU